CAGCCAGGUGGAGCUACAGGCCCUCAGCCAUUCAGAGCUACAGGCCCUCAGCCAGGUGGAGCUGUAGUCUCUCAGCUAGGUGAAGAUACAGGCACCCAGUUAGGUGGAGCUACAAUGUCUCAGCCAGGUGGAUCUGCAGUCUCUCAGCCAUUCAGAGCUACAGGCCCUCAGCCAUUCAGAGCUACAGGCCCUCAGCCAUUCAGAGCUACAGGCCCUCAGCCAGGAGGAGCUGCAGUCUCUCAGUCAUUCAGAGCUUCAGGCCCUCAGCCAGGUGGAGCUACAGGCCCUCAGCCAGGUGAAGCUACAGGCCCUCAGCCAGGUGGAGCUGUAGUCUCUCAGCCAUUCAGAGCUACAGUCUCUCUGCCAGGUGAAGAUACACACCCUCAGCCAGGUGGAUCCGCAGUCUCUCUGCCAGGUGAGGCUACUGGCACCCAGCUAGGAGGAGCUACAGUCUCUCAGCCAGGUGAAGAUACAGGCACCCAGCCAGAGGGAGCUACAGACUCUCAGCCAGGCGGAGCUGCGGGCUCUCAGCCAGGAGGAGCUACAGGCCCUCAGAUGGUUACACGCAGCAAAGUGAAAGUGAAGGAGGAGAACGAUGGUGAUCCCAUGGGUGAACAUUUACAUCGCUUCACUGUGAAACUUAGUCCCACUGACCACAAGGAAUACACUGUUGACUGUGAUCAAUCUCGCACAGUGCUGGAGGCGAUAAAAACAAUUGAAGACAUAAAAGGUCCAGAUGAAAACAUUGUGAUUCAGCUGGGCAAAGCAGAUAAGAAAUAUACUGUUGCAACACAUUUCCCUUGUACUUGUGUUAAGGAUAAGGAGUCUCUGAUCAUAUCAUGUGAGUCACAAAAGGUUGAAGAGGCCCGAGAAAAAAUGUAUAUAUAUUCAAGAGACAAAUAUUCUGUCUUCUACAUUGAGACAGUGGGAGGGAAAAACACCAGACAGAAGAAGCUUUUUAGAAACAAAGCUUUGAAACAGUUCAAGUAUCUGGUUGUCUAUGGGGAGAAGGGGAUGACUGUGGAAGAGGCUCUGAUAAGGGACGGUCGCUUCAUUGAUGACCUCGGUGUCUUUGAGCUGUCUGACAGUAACACUUCACAAAUCACUAAGUGCACACAAAAGGUUGACAACCUAGAUGGAAAAGAAUUCAAGGUGUGUCUUCCACGGCAAAAGAAAGCAAAUAAAAAACAGCUAGAAAACUCUGGUGCAUCAAAUAAUUCACCACAGAAGUGUGACACAAAGAGAGUCAGAGGUCUAGUACAUCAGAGAGGAAUCAGUGUCCAAACAGCAGUGGCAAAGGCAGACAGCAACAACACUGCAGAGAUUUAUAAAAAGCUGCGUCAGCAGUUUCCAGCUCUGAAAGAAUGGAUGGAGAAAAGAUUCCCUGAAAAUUCUUAUCAGACAGCACUGAACUUAAAGAAGGAAAACUUUGGAAAGAUCCAACAUUCAUUCAGUGAAGUUCACAGAGUCAGGAAGCUGCUAAAACUGGGCGACUCAGUCUGCAAAGUGGCUGUUCAAGAUGGUCUUCAGGGAACAGGCUUUGUGUUGUUUGACAACUUCAUCUUGACAAACGCUCACCUGUUCAAAGGCUGUGUUGAAGGACAAAAGCUGAUGGAGGGUACAGAAGUGUCUGUUUUCUUUAACUAUGAAGAUCCUAUGCCGUACACAAAUUACAGCUACUUCCAGCUGGCCCACUCUUACAUCUGCUACAGUGAGGGUGAGCUAGAUUACGCCGUACUUGAGCUCAAGCCUGAGGGACAGGAGUUCAACCAAACAACACAAACAGAGGAAAUAAAGGUGCCACCAGGGCUCCUGAGGAUAUUUGGUCCGAUGCCUCCGAAUGGUGAAGCCUGUCUGAUUGGUCACCCAGCAGGAGGGGUGAAAAGAAUGGAUCCAACCUGUAUCAUUGAGAAAGAGAAGAGGGAGCAGGCUGUCAGAGAUCACUUAAAUCCAUACAAAGACAGUCUUUUCAUUGUCCACUCAAUCAGUCACCUUGUCAAAGAGCAAAACAUUGACAAUAUAAUGAUGGGUGGAAGUCGAGCUGAAAAUAUAGCAACCUACAACACUUUCAUGUAUCACGGCUCUUCUGGCUCCCCAGUGUUUGAUGCUCACGGCCAAGUGUUUGGUUUGCACACCGCAGGAUACACAUAUGGGUUUCCAAACCGAAGAGAGUGUGAUAGAGUUCGCCCAACCUCUGCUCACUAUAUUUAAACACUUUGUGACUAAGCUGAAGGAAAGUGGAAAUGAGAAGCUGUUGAAGAGAGU